UACAAAAGCAUACCGUUUGCACAUUAUAGGCUGCAACGCUGUAUGUUAUCAGUUUCUCAUAUUAUUUUAUCACUGUUCAGUUCAGAUACAAGCCUAUACUUGCCAAAUUGCCUAUCAAUAAUGAUGCGUGUAGCCUAAAUUGAUUGUCUAUUUCUGUCCAAAUUUCAAAGACACAUUUAAUUUUAUAUAUAUAUAUAUAAUUACGCAGCUCUGCAUGUCGUUGUAACAGUCACUAUACAUUGCAUUAUUAAGCCAUCAUCUGCUGCAGCAUUGCAGUGAUUCGUUCCCACAUUUGGGGAAGGUCACGUUAUAGCGAACCGGGAGCUGUCUGCCUGCUGAUAUUGUACUGCGCAAAACCCAUAGUCCGGAUUUGUGCCUGACGUCAUGGGUAGCCACCAUUAGAUUCGUUCUUUGACAAUUGGAACACGGAGAGUCCAAGCAAAGAUAGCCAUCAGCAUCCCCGCACGGCCUUACAAACGGGAGAGAACAAACAGAAACGAUGUCGAGUGGACCGUUAUACGGCGCUACAUAGGGAGAUACCUCGUUUUCCUCCUCAAAGCUGCCCCCGAAAAGCGCUGCAGUGGAGAGGAGAAUGCGUCGCUAAGUGAAAGGAUACAAAGCUUUGCUGUUAAAGGGACGCAGUUGUUGCUUUUCUGCCUCUAAACAAACAGUGACAGUCCCACGGGGCUUUGGAUAAAGCAAUAACAACAACUAAUCCCCAGAACGAGCACAACAACUAGGCUACGGCUGCUAACGGCAGGGAACCAAGGACAUAAACCAAGAAUAACAAUGGAAACGGCAGUAGGAACUGGUUUAAGUUAAAGACAAUAUAGUUUUUGGAGAAUAGCGAAUGUUUUCUUGGUAUGUACGUUAAUUUGAGAUUUUAUAUUCUGUGGAAAUGGGAGCUUUGACCAGCAGACAAAAUGCAGGAGUGGAAGAGGUCGAUGUACCGUCCAACUCGGUGUACCGCUAUCCACCGAAAUCUGGAAGCUACUUUGCCAACCACUUCAUCAUGGGCGGGGAGAAGUUUGACUCCACCCACCCCGAGGGAUACCUGUUCGGAGAGAACACUGACCUCAACUUCCUGGGAAUCAGACCAGUGGCGUUUCCCUAUGCGGCCCCGCCUCCUCAGGAGCCAGUAAAGACGCUACGAAGCCUUAUAAACAUCCGUAAAGAUACACUCAGGCUCGUACGGUGUAGUGAGGACCUGAAACUGCCAGGGGAGGACGUGGCAGCGAAAAGCAAAGCCUGUUACAACAUAGAGUUCACCUUCGACGCUGACACACAGGUGGCCAUCACCAUCUACUAUCAAGCUAUAGAGGAAUUCCACAACGGAGUGCCUAUCUACAUUCCCCAGGACAGCUCUCUCCAGUCAGAGACGGUGCACUUUAAGAGAGGAGUCUGUCAGCAGUUCUGUCUGCCCUCCCACUCCAUCAAUCUGUCAGAGUGGGCCGAUGAGGAGUUGCUGUUUGACAUGGAUAAGGAUGUGUUUCCCAUGGUUGUUCAAGCGACAGUAGACGAGGGGGAAGAUCACAUGGGUCAUUCCCAUGUCCUCCUGGCCACCUUUGAGAAGCACAUGGAUGGGAGCUACUGUGUCAAACCUCUGAAACAGAAACAAGUGGUGGAUGGGGUGAGUUACCUUCUUCAGGAGAUCUACGGCAUCGAGAACAAGUACAACAGCCAAGAAUCAAAGGUUGCGGAUGAUGAGAUCAGUGAUAACAGUGCGGAGUGUGUGGUGUGUCUGUCGGACGUCCGUGACACACUCAUCCUGCCCUGCAGACACCUGUGUCUCUGUAAUGCCUGCGCUGACACUCUCCGCUACCAGGCCAACUGCUGCCCCAUAUGCAGACUGCCGUUCCGGGCCCUGCUGCAGAUCCGAGCCAUGAGGAAGAAGCUGAGUCCUCUCUCUCCUGCCGGGUUUAACCCCGUUAUCACCUCCCAGACCUCCGACUCAGAGGAACACUCGGCGUCAGACCACAUCCCCCCAGGUUAUGAGGCCGUGUCUCUCCUGGAGGCUCUGAACGGGCCCCUGAGCGUGUCUCCCUCGGCUCCCCCUCUGCAGGAACUCUCUGGGGGCCACGUCUCAGGGACCCUGCCCCACUAUAGCAGUGAGCCCCACCCCGCCCCGGCACGCUCCAUGUCCCCCCUGGACCACUCCAACUCCAGCCAGGGACUCAAACUGAAGAAGAGCGGCUCCAAGUCUCUCUCCCAGAAUUCUUCGGUGCUGCCCGAGGAGGAGGACGAGAAGUCAGAACGCAGUGAAUCAGAAGUUCAGGCCUGCCGCCGGAAACAACAACCCGAGAGUGGUGUAACUCCAGAGAGUGAGAAUCUGACUCUAUCCUCGUCUGGAGCCAUCGACCAGUCCUCCUGUACUGGGACACCUUUCUCCUCCACCAUCACCUCCCCUGAAGACCAAGUGAGCAGUAGCCUGGCCCAGUCAGUCAUGUCCAUGGCUUCGUCCCACAGCCAUCACUCUCAGAUCAGCACUGACACCCUGUCUUCCAUGUCUGGCUCCUACCUGGCUGGGCCGGAGGGGGAGGUAGAGGGGGAGGAGGGGGGAGAAGCAGAGGGGGAGGAGAACCAGGAUGCACCCAUGGAGAGCCGGGGACCCUCACAGCAGGAUGGGGAAGAGCUACCCAUGGAACCAAAAGAACAGAACUUCUCAGUCGCUGUGUCAGACGAGCAGGAUUCAGAGGGAAAUGAUGUCACAGAGGAAGACUGCCCCUCACCUUCCCACGAGCAGGGUGGGCGGAGCAGGUGUCCAGAGUUGGCCAAUAACAAUCAGGGCGUCGCCCUCUGCGACACGCACUGUUUGGGGGGGCUGGACAAUGAGCAGGUUCCCGACUGCCGAUUCGCCGGUCUGAUGUAUCUGGGAGGCUAUAGGCCAGUGUUGGAGCCUCUCCCCCACCACGCCUCAACCAGUAAUAUCAACCUGGAGGAGCAGGGGGCGGAGACUAGGGAUGGCCAGAGUCCCAAACAAACACCUCACACACCACGCCGCGGACCACUCAUAGUGUAACACGCACACACCCGUACAAUUCCGACCUCAGCGUCAUAACAGCACAGACUGAUAUUUUAGCCAUUUUACGCAACCUCAUGAUUACGCAGUAGACCUUCCUCCUCAUCUAAUCAACCAACGCCCAUGUCCUGAGGCAGUGUCCUCACUGAACCGUCCUGCACCUCUCCUCACUGAACCGUCCUGCACCUCUCCUCACUCAACCGUCCUGCAUAUCUCCUCACCCAACCGUCCUGCACCUCUCCUCACUGAACCGUCCUGCAUAUCUCCUCACCCAACCGUCCUGCAUCUCUCCUCACUCAACCGUCCUGCAUCUCUCCUCACUCAACCGUCCUGCAUCUCUCCUCACUCAACCGUCCUGCAUCUCUCCUCACUCAACCGUCCUGCAUCUCUCCUCACUCAACCGUCCUGCACCUCUCCUCACUCAACCGUCCUGCAUCUCUCCUCACUCAACCGUCCUGCAUCUCUCCUCACUCAACCGUCCUGCACCUCUCCUUGCUCCGGACAAUAGAUGAGAAGCAUCUAUCUCAGUUGCUAAAUCUAAAUCUAACAGGAAAAUCUUGAAGAGGAUUUAACCUAUCCACAGUCCAAAAAGGAGACUGCUAGAGUUAGACCCUUCUCCCCCUCAAUGUGUCAUAAUGGCUUUCUUGUGUUUCGUGUCAUUGGUAGACCUUUGGGACUCCUCCCCUUGCCUCUACCAACCAACCAAUCAGGGGUUAGUGUGAUCUGCAAUCUAAUUAAUAUUCAUGUAUUUCUGUUUGACCUUCUAACGAGUGGUCGAACACUAUAAAAACAACAGUUAGCUUCACUAGACGACCAAACUGGAUUGUACUGGACUCACCAGCUCCAGUCCAUGAACCAGUAGUCUCUGGCCCUGGUUUUGCAUGCAGCUCUUUUAUGUCUCCAAUCAGUCCUACUGUACUCAACUGUGAUCUAUCCUGAAUGGGACUUGCCUCGUUAGCUAAGAAACUGGACAUGCUGGUGAAAGGAGGAUUUGAUCCAAAAUGGCGGUGGUAGAUAGAUGCUGAACUGUAAAGAAGACAGAGUGGAGACCCUGAGAAUGUACGAUGCCGAUGGAGGAUGUGUAACAGUCAGAGGAGAAUGUAACGUAAUGAUUUGUUUUGGGGUUAUUAACUGUAGAAGAAUGACCUCUGAACUUUGAAUUACCACCUGUGUCCCUUGCACACCUUUCCUAACUGCACACACCAGAUUAUCUCAGUCUGACUCACUGGUGUAAAGAGCUUUACCACAAAGACACUAAAGCAAUACAGAACCUGUACCUGUAAACAAGUAACACACAUCACCCUACAAAAACACCUGUGCUGUUCGAUAGACAAACCUGAACCUUCUCAUUUUGUGAAAACCUUUAGUUAGUUUAAUUUUCUAUUAUAUUGUUUUUAGUGUAUGCUCUACUGUUAAUGUCGUCACAUGUUCUGUGUUUUAUUUGUUUAAACAAAAAUGUGUUGCUCAUUAUGUGGAUGACAUGUGAAAUUAAUAAUUGUAUUUGAGAAGAAAAAAAAAAUACAUAAAAAAAACGGGAUGAUGACACCAACAUGGAAUGCACUUCUUGCUGUUACCCAGGCAACACACUUUGCAGUGCAUGAGGCGAUUGUAGAGUAAAGCAUGGUAGUCUAGGUCAGUCUCCACCCCUGUAGAGUACCCACAGUGGUAUGCUCCACAGAUCCUCACACCCCUAAAGAGUACCCAUAGUGGUACACCCCUCGGACCUUUCUGUUUUGUCACAUUGUCUCCAAAUGACACCCUAUUCCCUGUAUAGUGCACUACUUUGACCAGAACCCAAUUCCCUGUAUUGUGCACUACAUUUGACCAGAGCCUUAUUCCCUUUUAAGUGAAGGUAGCGAGCCAUAUGGGGCAAUAGGGUGACAUUUGAGAUGCAUAGAUAGUCUAUAAGAUACACUACAUAUGCUCUCUUCCUUAUCCUCAACUACAGGCUGGCUACAGCUGUUAGCUAGUGUUCACACCGUCAGCUCAUACACCCCUACCUGUAUCCCUCUCACCUACAGUAUACUGGACCAUGGGUCACUUUUGUAGAAUGCUGAUUGAAAAUGUCAACUGCAAGAAAAAAAAUAAAGUUUUUCGAACUAAA